AGGAAAAACCAGACACACCGAGCUGAGCAUCUGCUAAGAACAACCAAGAAACUAAAGAAGCUGCAAAACAAACUGCUGCCAUCUACCGCUAUGAAGGCCACCCUUGCUGCCGUUGCUCUCCUUGUCCUGGCUCUUGGCUUGUCUUCUGAGGCCGUGCAGGUUGAAGAAAAUGGGUUGAGUUUCUCCCUGGAAGCCGUCAAGAUGCUUCAGGAUCUUGCUGAGAGCAGAGCCAUGACGGGACAGCUGAACCCGCGGUUCAGGGCCAGCCCCGUGUCCCUCUGUGCCGAGCCCAUGCUGCCCCAGGAGCUGCUGCCCCUCUGCAAGCAGACAGGAGGCUCUGCAUCUCUGGUCAGACUAGCUGCGGUUCCCAUGGACGUCUGUGAGAUCUGUGCCUUUGCUGCCUGCACCGGUUGCUAAACUCCUACUGCAAGCCAGAAGCAUCUUGCCUCUCUUUAGGGUGGUGAUCUUUUUGUACUCCCAUCCCCUUUAAAACCCAAUAAUUGUUACCCUAAAAUUAUGAGCCAAAGGCUUCAUCCCUGAUGUUUUAACUCGGCCCAGUUGGGCACUUGAUGUACUUUUGAAAUAAUUAUUAGACCAAAAAAUUGGCCAUAAAAAAUAUUAAUCAGACUGAGGAAUGUUUCAAAAACUGUUACUUUGUAGCGUAUUGACGUUAUUUUUUUAUUAUUAUUCAACAGACAGCUCUUUGCCAAACAGUUUAUAUUGGAUUUUACAUUGGUUGUUACAUUUCUUUUACCUUGCUUUAUAUAUUUAACGAGAUGUUUUCUUUUUGCUUUUUUUGUAUUACUAUUAUUUUGAAUAAAAAGCCUUCUCUCAUUGACUUUGUGGA